GAUAGAUGGGAAGAGAGAGAGAAAGAGAGAGAGAGAGAGCCAGAGAAGGAGAGGGAGAGAGAGUCCUGACUUGACCGAGCCGCACUGGCUCCACGCCACGCGGGGGCGCUGACGCACCGUGGCCGGGGCUGUCGUGAAGAAGAAGCAGGGGGCCGACGGCAGCAGCAGCAGCAGCCCGUGAAACACCGCAGUACAUGCGACCGCACAACAGUCGCUCCACGAGCCUGCGUUCGAUUUAUCUCCACCAGCAGCGGCGACGACACGGAGGGGGGGGGGAGGGGGGUGCGAAGACACAGACGUGUCCGCUUUCAAGCGAAGCGGCGCAGGCGACCUCGACGCAUCCGGAAACCCCGAACUUUGACGUUCUCGCGCACGAACGGAGCUGUGUGUGGCUUUUGUGGACGGCAGAGGAUUGGCGCAUGAAACGGCUCUCCCUUUGAUUACUGUCCCGCACGGUCUGUUUUUCGCGCUCUGCCUUACAUGAACUCACGGGCGGGCGCCGUCCGAUGCCCAGAUAGUCGGCGCUGAGCGGACACACUGGAGCAGUUUGAGGUUAACCGGGCCCCACUCCGCGAGAUCUCGGCGGGUCACUGAGCCGUUGGUUUUUACAAUCGCAGACUUCGCACCAGAGCCAAAGGUGCUGCCGGGGCGAGGCUGCUCUCAGGUCAGAACAAACCCGUUGCCAUGGAUGUGGAUGAAGAGGAGAAUAUGAGUUCAAGCAGCACCGAUGUUAAGGAAAACCGAAACCUGGACAACGUGUCCUGCAAAGACGGGCUGGGGGUGGCUGAACAGCUCCCGAAUGGAAGCGGCCUGAGCAGUCGAAAGCGCCCCCUCGAGGAGGGGAACAAUGGGCACACUCACUCCAAGUUCCGGGCCAAGAAGCGCAAGAAAACACCUGGGCCAGUCUUGCCCAAGAAUGCGCUGAUGCAGCUGAAUGAAAUCAAACCGGGUCUACAAUACAAACUGCUGUCUCAGACGGGACCAGUCCAUGCACCCGUUUUUGUUAUGACUGUGGAGGUCAAUGGACAGAUGUUUGAGGGCAUGGGCCCAACAAAGAAGAAGGCUAAACUGAAUGCAGCUGAGAAGGCCCUGCGUUCAUUCGUCCAGUUUCCCAAUGCGUCUGAGGCCCACCUGGCCAUGGGUCGAACCCUGACGGUGAACACGGACUUUACAUCUGACCAAGCUGACUUCCCAGACAUGCUCUUCAACGGCUUUGAGACGCCAGCUGCACCUGAAGAAUCUUUCUAUCUAGGCUCCAAUGGUAGCAGCACCAUAAACUCCCUAGGGGAGUACCCUCUGCCCACGCCACCUGGCAGCAACCUUGUCCAGGCCCCACUGCCCCCUCCAUCGGCGUUCAACUCACCCUCCAGUGGCAAAAACCCAGUCAUGAUCCUCAAUGAGCUCAGGCCAGGCCUCAAAUAUGACUUUGUCUCAGAGAGCGGGGAAAGUCAUGCCAAGAAUUUUGUGAUGUCAGUAACAGUGGAUGCACAGACGUUUGAAGGCUCAGGUCGCAACAAGAAGCUGGCAAAAGCCCGGGCAGCACAAGCCGCCCUUUCAGCUCUCUUCAACAUGCAGCUAGACCAGACACCAUCCCGGCAACCCAUACCAAGCGAGGGAUUGCAGCUUCACCUACCCCAGGUUCUGGCUGAUGCCGUCUCUCGCCUGGUGGUGGAUAAAUUCAGUGAGCUGACAGACAACUUCACCUCACCCCAUGCACGACGGAAAGUCCUAGCAGGAGUCGUCAUGACAACAGGGACAGAUGUGAAGGAAGCACAGGUCAUUUGUGUCUCCACAGGAACCAAAUGCAUCAACGGUGAGUACAUGAGUGACCGCGGCCUGGCACUCAAUGACUGCCACGCUGAGAUAAUCGCCCGACGCUCGCUCAUCAGAUACCUCUACACUCAGCUGGAGUUCUUCCUCAGCAGCGGCAAGGAGGAUCACCAGAGUUCAAUAUUCGAGCACUGUGACAAGGGAGGCUACAGGUUAAAGGAAAAUGUUCAGUUCCACCUCUACAUCAGCACCUCGCCCUGCGGUGACGCCAGGAUCUUCUCCCCGCACGAGGCCGGAGUGGAAGACCAAGGCGACAGACAUCCUAACCGGAAAGCACGGGGCCAGCUGAGGACCAAAAUUGAGUCGGGGGAGGGCACCAUCCCGGUGAGGUCCAGCAACACCAUCCAGACCUGGGACGGGGUGCUGCAAGGAGAGCGGUUGCUCACAAUGUCAUGCAGUGACAAGAUCGCAAGGUGGAACGUGGUGGGCAUCCAGGGCUCUCUGAUGAGCUACUUCACGGAGCCGAUCUACUUCUCCAGCAUCAUCCUCGGCAGCCUUUACCACGCGGACCACCUCUCCCGGGCCAUGUACCAGCGCAUCGCAGACAUCGAGGACCUGCCCCAGCAGUUCACCCUCAACAGGCCUUUACUCAGCGGCAUAAGCAACGCGGAGGCCAGGCAGCCGGGCAAGGCACCCAACUUCAGCGUGAACUGGACGGUGGGCGACCAGGUCUUGGAGGUGAUCAACGCGACCACGGGCAAAGACGACAUGGGCCGCGCCUCGCGUCUCUGCAAACACACGCUGUACAGCCGCUGGGUGCGCCUGCACUCCAAGCUGUCGUCCAUCUUGCGGAUCAAGGUGCUCAAGCCCAGCUCCUACCACGACGCCAAGCAGGCGGCCGCAGAGUACCACUCCGCCAAGCAGGCGCUCAUCAAGGCCUUCCACAAGGCCGGCCUGGGGGCGUGGGUCAAAAAGCCCAUCGAGCAAGACCAGUUCACCCUCGGCUCCUGAGGGAGUCGAGGGGACCGAGGGAUUCCCAACCUCCCCCAGUCUUUCCCCCUCCCCUUGUCCCAGGCCCGAAAGCAAGAGAGCCCCCCCCCCCACCCACCCACUCCUUAUUAACAGCCAGCCCGCACAGACACUUACCUCCGUCCCGUGUGUCGGCGCGUACGCACGUGCACUUUGUACUCGUGGAAAUGAACGUGCGUAUAGUUUCACAAAAAAAGAAAAUCAUCCAUACUGUAGCUCCUCAUUUCUCAUUCCUCAGAGGACCUCGGGCCUCGCCAUGUCGUCUCCUCUUUUGGUUUUACAUUUUCUUUUAAACGGAUGGUGGGGGUUUUUUCUCAUCUGCUCGCUUUUCUGUUUUUAAAACUGGAAUCCACGGUUUCUGACACCGCUCAGUUUGUUUUUUAUGUUUUCCCAGAGAAAAUCGUCUUUACUGUGUGGAAGUUUUGUCUAUUUUCCUGAUCAGUGAUUGUAGUCAGCUUAGGGUUAAAUGUAGCCUAGAAACAACACAGGAUGUUUGUUAAGUAAAACCAAUGUGUAUGGACCUAAAAAAAUAAAUCUCUCUCUCUCUAUAUAUAUAUAUAUAUAUAUCUAUAUAUAUACUUGCUAAAAUGACUAUGUGGAACAUUAAUUUAAAGGUGCAUUAAUCGUCAGGAUGUAAAUUUAGUACUGAAAAAGAACGAGAAGAGAAAAAUAGCUCUAACAUUUUAACGUGUGUUAUUUGGUCCAUUGCUUAGAUGAGACUACAUGUUGUUAGCCCCUGUAUUAAAGAUACACAUGUUCAAACAUCGUGGCCCUGUUUGAUUCACUGACUGGAAAGAACAAACACGACAGGGCAGGUGACGCCGCAGUUUAGUGAGCUGCUGAGGAUACCCAUGUCUUAUUCAUUCAUUCAUUCAUUCAUUCAUUCAUUCAUGCAUAUGUCCUGUAAGUUAUUUUACGCCACUCUCAUUUCACACUUGAACACUCGGUGUUCCCCCCCCCCCCCCUUCGCCUGGGUCUCGGGACGAGCUUCGGGGAGGCGCUGCACGUUGUAUUCUUUUUUUUUUUUUUGGUCUUUUCUUGAUCUCUCAGCCAUGAGCUUUGCAUGGGAACUGAACCGGGAGGCCUGCAGAGCAGCAGACGCCGCGCGCAUCCAUCGGUGAAUGAUUCUUUUUUUGAAUGAAUGCCAGCAUCUUCCUCCACAGGCAGCUUUUGAAUCUUUGUCUCCGUUUUUUCCAGAUUCCGUGUGAAUAAUUGUUUUUUGUUUCUAUUCGGGGGGGUCAGAGGUUUUUUUAAUUUAUUUUUCUUGAGAUUGGGCAUUUUAAGGAUCGGGGAUAACACUGCAGUGAAAAAUGUUGAUCGAAGAAACAGAACUCCUCUUGUAACCAUGUCACUCUGUGGGAGGGAUCCUCGAUAGCAGUUUUUAAAAGGGGUGGGGGGGGGGGUCCACAUGUAUGUAGUGCAGCGCCACAUACAGUACUGCACAUGAAGUCACAUCCGCCUCAUGCAACAUUAUGCCAAGUCUGUAGUGAUUGUUUGAGAUGCAGACAUCCUGUAACCCCUCCGCCUCCACGUGGAGGAGCAGUGACGCACCGCGGCGCCCCCCCCCCCCCGUACGAACAGACCCACAGAUGUCCACUGAUGCAGCGUCGGAUCAAAUGUCUCACGAUGUGAUGUCACGUCCGGUCUCCUCUCUUCUCUACUCCAGAAACACGUUAGCUGCGUAGCAGAGUGCAUUCAUGUGAAUUCCUAAUCCCAGCUGUAGAAAAUGUGUGUGAGUGUGUGUUUGCACACAAUCUGUGUGUGUCUGUGUGUCUGUAUGUGUGUCUGUGUGUGUGUGGAAUCUUCACCAAAGAUGAUGAUGUCCAUGUGUGUGUUUCUAGCCCAGUGUUUUCCUUUCUGAGAUUUACACGUUCUUUUUUUUUUCUUUACUGUUUGGGUUUUUGUAAAUCCCUCCAAACAAAUGUACUUUUAUGAUUUGUACAAAAAAGCAGUGUAUUUAACUCAAAGUGAGUGUGUGUGAGGGGGGGGACAAAAAAUGUCCGACCUCUUUCAGUGCACCCGUUGCCGACAGCGGCCACGUGCGGUCGCUCGCUCUGCAGUUGCCGUGGUUUCGUGUAUAUAAGGAGCGACAACUUCCGCUCCGUGUACAAUCAAUCCAGCCCAUCCUCUCUCUCUCUCUCUCUCAAACUGUUUUAUGAAGACGUUGAUGUUCCUAGCGUACCGUCCGUAUUAGUGAUGACAGUGUGACUCACCGGGCACCGACACUGCCGGAAGGGGUUAUUCACAGGCUUCAUCCCAACUGUAGCCACAAAAGAAGAAGAAAAAAAAAUAUAUGCAUUGUUAAAGGUGCCUCAGCUAAAAAGUGGCAUCCACCAGCUGGCACGUGUGAUGUCAUUUAUGUACCUUUUCUUUCUUUCUUUCUUUUUUUUCCACUCGACAGUUUAUGUGGUUGUUGUACGAGUCAGUGUUAGAGAAGAAGGGGGAAAAAAAGAAGAACUUGAGGACAGCGGGAACCGGUGCCCCCCCCCCCCCCCCCCCCCGACAAAACAGACCCAGACCAAAGUCACAAGCAAUACUCCUGAUGUCUCCCUCCAUGUCAGCCCGCCGCAAACAGGAGUCUGAACUAAGUUACCCCCCCGCCCCACCCCCUCCUUUUGCUCCUCAAGUCUUUUGUCCCCCUGUUAUAUUCUCUCCACAAAGCUGUCUGAGGUAUUUUUUAUACAUAUAUAUAUAUACAUUAUAUACAUAUGUAUAUAUAUGUACAUGUUGCCCCCCUGAAGAGACUGCCUGCUCCUUGAGUUUUUGUUUUCCCCUUUUGACUGCACUAAAAAGAUGUCAACCGAUGAUGUCAUGAUGAAAACCCCCCCCGUCCCCCGUCCCCCCCGUUUAUGGAUCGGGUGGCGACUUGUCACAGCAAGAACUGAACUGCUUUAUGCUUAAUAACCCUUCGUGAACCCUCAAUGAUCAGUGACACCCCCUCCCCCCUCCCCCUCCUACAGCUGUAGUCUGUAGUGAGUUUAUUUUUUACUUUUCUGGUUUGGUUUUGUGCGGUGACUCCAGAGGCGCUCGGCGUUUGUCCCCGACGGGCUUCAGAGCCACCCGCCGCCCGUUCUAACCCCCCCACCCCCUCUCCUUCCAGUUGUCCGAUGUGUGAAAAUCUACACCAACAAAAAACCACCACCUUGCAUGUACUACCGACACUGAAGCUGCACCUAGCAUGAUGACAAACUUUCAAAGGACUCGUGUAGAAAAAAAAAGUUACAAAAAAAAAAAAGAAUGAAACAGCUAAAGAUAGAUCUAUAAAAUGAACAAAAAACAAUAAAAGAGUUCUUAGUUUACUUUU